AUGUUUGGUGUCCUGAAGGCUGGAGCAGCAUUCGUCCUGCUCGACCCUGCGCAUCCCGACGAGCGACUCCAAGUCAUUUGUCAGGACGUCGGGGCAAAUGUCAUUCUUACAUCCACGUUGUACAAACAGACUUCCUCGGGUCUGGCAGACACCGUGAUUGUAGUGCCCGAUAUCGCCGACAUAAGUGGACCGGAAGAUACCGCGACCGUUAUUAGACGGGAGAAAAAAACCUCGAGCACCUCGAGGAAUGCGGCAUAUGUCUCGUAUACUUCGGGAUCAACAGGGAAACCCAAAGGAAUUGUGAUUGAACAUGCUUCAAUGUGCACGAAUGCCCUAUCGAGCUCAGAAGCUCAAAACCUCACCGGCUCAUCACGGGUGCUGCAGUUUGCAUCCUAUGCAUUCGAUGUGAGCAUCCAUGAGACUCUCGUGCCUCUCAUGCUCGGAGGCUGUGUUUGUAUACCAUCGGAUUCACAACGAGUCAACAACCUCCAAGAGGCGAUUAUAGAGCUGUGUGUCAACUGGAUGGAGCUCACGCCUUCAGUUGCUCGCCUUUUAACUCCAGAAGAGAUUCCAGCCGUGAAGACGAUGGUGGUUGGAGGUGAGUCCAUGCCGCCUGCCGAGAUUGCUCGGUGGGCUGCUCGCAUGAGGCUGGUGAUUGCGUAUGGCCCAGCAGAAUGUACGGUGGUUUCAACGGUCCAAGCUCAUGUCGCCGUAGAUGGGGAUCCGUUGAAUAUCGGCCGUGGGUAUGGAGGGACAACAUGGGUCGUGGAGGCAGAAAAUCAUAACAAGCUGGUGCCCAUCGGGGCGGCUGGAGAACUCCUGAUCGGAGGACCGAUCGUUGGUAGAGAGUAUCUGAAUCGUCCGCAACAGACCACGGACGCGUUUGUCGCAAGCCCACCAUGGAUGACCAGUAAAGGCGAGAGCUCGCGAGUCUAUAAGACUGGAGACUUGGUGCGGCAACUAGCAGACGGCACACUGGUGUAUCUGGGGCGGAAGGACACCCAGGUCAAGCUCCGAGGACAACGAAUUGAACUUGGAGAGAUCGAACACUUUGCUCGGGACAUAUUUCCUGGAGCGGCGGUUGCCGUCGAGAUGGGGAAACUGUAUCAUGGACGCCCUGCUUUAGUCCUGUUCGUUGAAUGGGAGCCAUUCAAGGACGGAACCAUACAAGGAUCUGAUGAUGGCUCCUUGCCAUUUUGCAAGCCCAACCACUUAUUUGAAAUCAAUAUUCCGAAGGUAAAGGCCAGACUAGACGGUGCUUUCCCUCGAUAUAUGGUUCCCGAGUUACUUAUUCCUUUGCGAGCAAUGCCACUGUCCCAGACGACCAAGGUUGACCGAAAGUCGUUGCGUAGCAUGAUUUCAAAGCUGACAAAGAACGACCUGCAAGCAUAUCGGCUCACUUCAAACCACAGCGGUCGAUUGGGCAUGGAGUUUAUUCGACUUAUUGCCCACGUGUUAGCUCUAUCCCCGGAUGAAAUCCUGGAGGACGACGAUUUCUUUCAUUUGGGAGGCGAUUCAAUCUCUGCUAUCAAGUUGGCUAAAGAAACUCAAAAAAUCCCUGGGCUCAUGUUAACGGUGACUGACAUCUUUCAGACACCUGUCAUCUCCCAGCUGUGUCAAAAAGCACAAAAAGAACGAAUUGCAUCCCCUACGGCUAGCAUUCCCUUCGGCGUGUUGCGGUUUUCUUUGGUAGACUCGGCAAAUGCGGAGUCGCUCAAGCAGCUAGCAGCUGAUCAAUGUGGGGUCCCUCCCUACCAGCUCGAGGACAUCUACCCGUGCUCCCCUCUUCAGGAACGCCUCAUGGCCCGGACGGCUCGUCAGCCGGGCGCCUUUCAGGCUCGAUUUACCUUCCGCAUGCCUACAAAUAUUGAUUGGAAUAGGCUGCGAUGCGCUUGGGGCGUGGUUGCGGAUUCUUUUGCUAUCCUACGCACCCGGAUCAUCAAUGCAGGGCAGCUCCAAUCAACCCAUAGCAUCCUCCAAGCCGUGGUGCGUGGUCAGGAUAUCGAAUGGCUGGAGACAGAACAAACCAACCGCCAUGGCGACAGCAGGUGCGAGAGACUUAUGUCCUUCGGCACACCUCUGAUCUAUUUGGUGGCUUGUCGUGACAGCUCCAACCCAACACUGACGCUAGUGAUGCAUCAUGCAUUAUUUGACUGGUGGUCAUACAACCAAAUCCUCGACGCUGUCAAAAAUGCAUACCUGGGACAAUAUGUCGACCUGAAAUAUUUUUCGCCCUUUAUCAAGUACAUAGCUGACUUGAGCAAGCGUGAGGCCAGAGAGUUCUGGAAACAGGAAUUCAGCGGUCUUCAGGAAGCUCCAUUCUUAGCCCACCGUUCUGCAAGCACUGCUUCUCAAGCAUUCAAGUGGACACAAAGAGAUAUCCAUCUACGUCUGUCCAACCAAAGGGGGGCGACAACAUCAUCGAUGAUCCGAUUGGCAUGGGCCAUGGUAGUGUGUCAGCACACAAGCUCUCUUGACGCGGUAUUUGGUGUGACCGUGAUGGGCCGCAGCAUUGACGGAGCCGCCGAUAUAACCGGUCCGACUAUCGCUACGCAUCCAGUACGGAUACGGCUCCAGGAGAACCUUGAAAUCAACGAGGCACUAAAGCGUAUGCAGGAUCAUCGCACUGCAUUGAUUCCAUUCGAACAAACGGGGAUACAGGAGAUCCAACAAGCAAGUCCCGAGGCAGCCAUGGCUUGCGAAUUCCAAAGUCUGCUUGUUGUGCAACCUCAAUCCGAAAAGGGUACACAGAUGGAGCUCUCUUCGCCUCUACUUUGGGAAUUGGAGAAUGACACUUCCUGGAAACAGCAGUCCUACGCCAAUUUCAGUACUCAGAUUCUGAACGUGAUAUGCGAGCCAGAAGCGGAUAAACUAACGGUGAAUGCAUUUUUCGAUGAUACCGUGCUCUCCCAGAAACAGGUCCAGUCCAUGCUGGAGUGCAUGGAGCAUUUCCUAGGCACUAUCGUCCAUAACCCUACAGAAAGAAUAGGGAGCAUCCUGGGCGAAAAGUGCGAACCCGAAAGAGCGCCCGACGUUUUCCAGGAGCGAAAGUCACUCGCGAAGAUUGAACUGACAGCCCGCACUUACCUUGGAGACCGGUUCCAGGUUGUCGCAGAAUGGAUUACACCCAAAGGAAUGCGCACUUCGAAGCUGGUUUUGUUUGUCGGCGUCCCUGAUGUUGAAAUUGCAACCGUAGAUACAUUGAUUUUAACGAGACUCGAAGCACACAUCCAUGCUCAAUUGUCCCAGCUGAUGAUUCACCUACGAAACGGCUCCCUAGGAAGCCUAGUGCCUGCCUGCUGUAUUCCAAUUCGGCUCCAGUCUGUGCCAUCGGAAUCCAUUGUUCUAUUAGGGCGUGCUUUUUGGCAAGAAGCUGCGUCCAAGUUGACGUGGAGCGCACUGAGGGCAUGGGAGAAAGCUGGCCGAGUCCAUGCCCAUAAAUCCCUUACGUCUACCGAGGCGAAACUGCAGGGCGCCUUAGCAUCUGUUUUGCGGUUGGAGCCUGACGACAUUGGCAUUCACGAUGAUUUCGUUACCCUUGGGUGUGAUUCACUCAUCGCGAUGCAGUUCGCCGCAAUGUGCAUUCGGGACAGCAUGACCGUGAGUGUCUCAGACAUUUUUCACGCCAAUUCAGUGGCCCGCCUCGCCCUGAAAGUCGGUAGUACAGUCCCAGCUGUGGCAUUGGUACCAGAUAGUUUCUCGGCAGUGCAGUCGAUGUAUGGCGAUCUCCGCCUAUUUGAGCGCGACAUGAAAGGAUUUGAUGAAAUAUCGAACGUUACACAGGUCAUUGAUGCUUUCCCAUGCACUUCGACCCACUUGGGAUUGCUCCCACAGGAUUCCUACCUGCAGGCACAUACAAUCUGGGAACUCACAGGCUUGGGUGAUAUGAUCGACCCAUUUCGUCUUGCCGGGGCUUGGCGUCGACUUGUAGACCACCAUUCGAUACUUAGGACCGUCCUUCUCCAGAGCAAAUCGAGUCCGUCUAAGAUAUUCCAGGUUGUGUUGGGUGACGCUCCCGUCGAUGUCGACAUCGUAAGGGGCGUGGAAGAUGAGAACAUCUGGCCCGUUGUCAGGAAGCCAUUUUUAUCCAGCUGUGGCAGGGAUGAGUUGCCACUGAAAUUCACCGUGUAUCAAACAACCACAGGCCGAGUCUUCUGCAAGCUCGAGGGUAGACAUGCCUUCCUGGAUGCCACGUCCGUAUCGAUCAUCCUGCAGGAACUUGGGCCUGCGUACAAUGGCACGGUGCCGCCUGCUCCAGAAGCCUUGUACCAACUAUGGGCCUCCUAUUUGCACGAAUGGGGCGGGGACAGUUCUCACUUGAAGUUCUGGAGGCGGUAUCUCGCCGGGAUCAGGCCCUGCAUUUUCGACCCACGUCAGCAGGUAAAUGGGAUCAACGGCGUGAAUGGCAGCUCGCGAUCCGGAAGGGAGCUCCGAGUGCACACCACGGCCCUUGCGCAAGCUGGUGCGCUGCGCAAAUACUGCGACAAGGUUGGGUUCAACAUGACCAACGUCAUCCAAGUAGCCUGGGCACUCUUGCUCAGGAAGCUUACCGGCUUGGACGAUGUCUGUUUUGGGACGCUGGUUUCUGGCCGAGACGCUCCGGUUCCCAACGUCAGCAGCAUUAUCGGACCCCUCUUCAACCUCCUUGUAUGUCGGUUUUCAAUGGUUGAAAACAAGCCUCUUCGCCGCAUCCUCGAGGACAAUGAGCUUGCCAUUCGAGAGAGGUUGAGGCACCAGCACUGCUCUUUAAAAGAGGUGACGAUGGCAUGCUCCGAUGGACACAGCCCGUUGUUUAACACAUGCUUGUCGGUCGAGCAGCCCCUAUCCAGCAAGGCAGGGAUCUGCUUCAGGGAAGUUGAAACACAUGAGGAGACAGAGUACGACUUGAUCGUAACCGCUAUAGUGUCUCCAGAUACCAUCAGCGCCCAGAUCACAUACUGGGACACUUUUCUCAGUGAGAGAGAGGUUUCCGGGAUCGCCCAAGGGCUCCAGCAGUCCAUCGAAAGGAUCGUCUCCUCUCCGGAGUCGACGUGGUAGAUGAUAACUGGUGUGAAAUGAUGAUGAUGAUGAUGAUGAUGACUGACGAUGAGCGAGUCUGGAGAAGGGUGAAGUUGACUCUUAAAGCGGUUGCAGACGAGGGACUGUCCGUUUAAGGCAGGCGAGAGGGGGGCCGGGGAGUCGGAUUUCGGAUUAUCAUUCAGCCGUAGCGAACCGGCCACCAUCCCUGAUACAGUUAGUGCAUUUCAGAAGUGGGGACCGGAAACGGGUACAGUACAAACAUACAGUACUCCGUACAGAGUCCAUCCAUUCGUACGGAAUACUUCAAGGUACUUCAAGGUACGUGAAAGGUACUUCAGAGGUACAUCAGACCGUACGUAUGUACAGUACACUCUCGCAGUCAUGGAGUACAUUUGGGUUGGGUAAUAUGUAUUUUGCUGGCGGGAUUGGUAAAGAGUUUCGGUGGGAUAGUUUACUUUUUGGAGUAAAAACA